AAACGUCAAAAACCAAACUCGCCGUGCCCCCUUCCACAUCCCUUUCAUUUUCGUUUUGUGUUUGUAAACAACAAUAUUAAUCACUGUUUUCGUUUUUGCGCUAUAAUAUUUUUCACGUUCGUACGGUUUUUGAUUUGAACGUGUCCAGCGAUGUCGCUCGAAUUCGAGGUUUUCCCGCCGGUGACGUCCGGCUGCCAACGUCGCCAUCACCGCAACGCGUUUGCCGCCGUUUCCGUGUGAGCAGCCGAUCACCACCGGACAACGAGCUUCAAGUCCAGUCGAACCGACCAAAUUAAAAACAUUGGGUUUAUUGGACAUGUAUUUAGGAGCAAUCAUUGUAUUAUUAGAAUAAUAAUUACCAAUUUGACAAGUGUUGCUUAACUUGCAUCAUUUUAAAAUGAAUAAAAAAUUAUUUAUGGCAAUGAGCCGCCGCCGUAUAUCAUGCCCAUUGGCUGUUCAACAGCUGUGGGAUGCGGUGAAAGUGAUACGUUUUCAAAGGCAGGUACCAGAUAUCGAUCGCAUCACAAAAUAUAUGACCAAAGUCCACAAUAUGUCACCAGAGGAAGUAGGAAGACAAUUAAAUUAUUGUGUGCGCGAUGGUCUUUUGAUUUUAACCAAAAGAGUUGGUAACAAAGGUUCAAAAGCAGGAGUUGAAACCUAGGGAUAUAAACUUCCAGAAGAAAAAGCUGAAAAAGAUAGUCACGAUUGGUACUGUUUUCAAUGUCACAGUGCUGGCGAUGUGAUAAGUUGUACAUCUUGUUAUCGAGUUUUCCAUCUUUCAUGUAUUGAAAAAAAGGACUUGCCCGAAAAUGAUGUUAAGCAUAAGUUCAUUUGUAAUAUAUGCAAAAAUUGUGCUUCUACUAAAGAAGCUUGUAAAAAGAUUAAAAAGAGCCAGCUUAACAGGCUUCUUUAUCAUACUACUGGUAGAUUAAAAGAAAAAAUACCUUUACCAUGGUCAGAACGCAAAAUUGCUACUACUGCUCCAUCGACAUAUGUUUCAGACAGACUUCAAUUUCAGAGUCAACUAAAAGGUAGUGAUUUGCAUUUUAACAUGAAAUGUGCAUUAAAUGACAAAGAUCCUUGGAGGAUAGAUCUUCUUAUUUUCAAAAUUAUUGACCUUCAAAUGAUUGAAGAUAAAGCUGAUGAUGAUGAGUAUAAAAAUGUCGAAGAGUUCCGAGCAGAUAUAUUAACCUUUGUUCACAAUAUUAUUAUUUUUCACGGCGUUCAUAGCAGUUUAGCUGAUUAUGGACGUUUAAUGUUGAGAGAUUGUAAUCGAGAUUUAGACGAGAUAAUGAGAUGCCGCUAUUGUUACAAAUAUUCAAUACAAAAAAAUUCAAAAUUUUGGUUCUGUAAACCAUGUAAGCCCCCGCAUGAAUUAGUGUAUGCAAAACAAGAAGAUUUUCCAUAUUGGCCAGCUAAAGUUUUGAAAAUUGAAGGUGAUAUGUAUGAAGUAAGAUUUUUUGGCAGUGAACACCAACUUGGAAUUAUUGACAAAACUCAAAUACGACCAAUAUCAGUGAAUAUUCAUACUUUGCAGUCUCAAGGUCGAACUUCUCAAUGGAACAAAGCAUGUGAAGAAUUGCGUCGCCAUCAACUUCAACUAGACAAAGUUAUAUUUGGGCUUGCUACACAAUCAUCAUCCUCUUCCUCUAGUUCAUCUUCAGAAGAUGAAGAAGAACCACCUAAAGUGGAAGUUUCACCCAUUCUAAAACGUAACGAUAGAAGAAAGGUUAAAGAACGGAAAAUAUCGAUAAAAACUGAGCCAAAAGUUGAUACAGAUACUGAGGAAUCAGAAUCAAAGGAUGAAGUAACCCCUGUUAAAAGAAAACGAGGAAGACCUUUAUCACUAGAAAAAAAAAUAAGUCCGCCAAAAAAAGUUGUAAAAAAAUCUGUAUUAGUGAAAAAAAACAGCCCCGAGAACAUAGUUGAAAAAAGACCUAGAGGUAGACCUAGAAAAGUUAUUGAACCUGUAAAUGAUGAUAAUACUCCAGUUAAACAUUUAAAAACAAAAGUCAAAAGUGCAAAAGAAAAUACUAAUGCAUCUGAAGGAAUUAAAACAUCAAAAAGUACAUCACCGUUGAAAACAAAAUCUCCAGUUAAAGAAAAUGAAGUAGAUGAAAAUAUAACGUCUACAACUGAAAGAUUAAAAGACCCUGAUGUUGUUGAAGAUGAAACAGUUAGUUCUUCAUGUCAAGAUUUAGUUCGAUCAGUUAAAGUGCAAACAAAACCAAUUAGCAAAAAACCGCCUAAAAGCUAUAUAAACAAGAUUCGAGCUGAAAUGGAAAGUGAAAAACGUAAAGCUAUUGAACAACUCAUCGAACAACAUAAAGAAGAGAUUGCCUUAUUGCAAGAAAACCAUAAUAUUGCACUGUCCGAAGUGAAGAAAAAGCAAUGGUGUGUGAAUUGUGAAAGUGAAGCUAUUUACCAUUGUUGUUGGAAUACAGCAUAUUGUAGUCCUAAAUGUCAACUAAUUCACUGGAGUAGUGAACAUAAAAGGCAUUGUCGUCGAAAAAGAUGAUCUUAAGCUAUUUAUGGGAGUAUUUUAACUAAAGAAAUAUUGUUUUCUUUUAGUUGAAAAUCUGCCAUGUAUGUACACACAUACUUACAAUAUAUUUGUAUUUAAACCUUUCAAAAUGUAUUACUAGUUUAUACUAACUAACUCAAAUUUCUCUUAAUUGAGUAAAUUUAUUUUAUGUUUAGUUUCUUAUAUUAAAUUUAACGAGAACAAUAUUAGUUUAAAGUAACUAAAUUAUUCAGAAACAUACAAGUAUUAUUAAUCUUACAAUUUUUAUGUUAAUCAUGUAUUUUUGCUGAUUGACUUUGUACCAUUAUCAUGUAUUUGAUUGAUUCAUCUAUAGUGUGUUAAGGAAAGAGUUCUAAUAUUAAUCAAAUAUUUAAAAUAUAAUGAAAAUGUAUUUGAACAUCCAAGCAGCUACGUCUUAAAAUAUUUGGUUAAUAUUUGGUCAAUUUUGUUUUGUU